AUGGGUGGAGCUGGGCAUAUCCAGCUCCACCCAGCUCACCCAGCUCAAUAUGAGCUAGCCCACACGCGUAGCGUUAGCGGUGUCGUGGCGGAAUUCCGCUAUGCUAUGCUUAACGCUAACGGGAAUUCCGCUGUGUUACACUACACUAACCGCUACGCCCAGGCUGAGGUUGUGGGGGUGCACUUAUGCCAACAGACUAUAAUGGCUGGGCUGCGGGAAGUCAUACCAAUACUAAACCCACAGUUGCAACCCAGCUCCCUGAGCUGGAAAAAGGAGCUGGGAGAGCUGGGUGGAGCUAGGAACAUCCAGCUCCACCCAUUUUUCCAUUCCAAAUGGAGGAUGUGA